AUGGCGCUCACUUCAGCAGCACUCUACCUCGUCCUCGCCGUCGUUCCCAGCCUUAUCCUGAUAGCAAUUUACCGCUCUUCCAGAGUUUCGCCUCUGUCAAAGCCAAACCAAUGGAUCACGAAGCAAGGCGUCGCACGCUUCCCCGGCCCGCAGCAGUUUCCCAUCAUAGGGCGCGUACAUGACCUGCGACGCACGUCGUCGUGGCUCAAGUUCAAGGAAUGGGCCGACGAGUACGGUCCAGUGUACAAGACGUCUAUGAUGGGGCAGCGCUUCAUCGUCGUGUCGGACGAGGGCAUCGCGACGGACCUGCUCGUCAAGAUGGGGAAUCAUUUCGGUGGGCGGCCGCAGAUACGCGCGCUGAUAGACCACAAGAAGGGUCCGACGUAUUUAGCGUUACAGGACCGCAAUGAGACAUGGAAGGCACAGAGAAAGUGGGUUCACGCCGCCAUGGCCGUGGCGACGCAAAACGACUUUUACGGCCACGUCGAAGAUGAGGUAAAGCGGUUCCUCGCCACGCUGCUCGUCGACCCGAGCAGGUUCCACGUCAACAUCCGCGAGACGACGGGCCGCAUCAUGGCACGGCUGACCUGGGACGACGCGACGCUCGGCCCGCGCUACGGCGAUGAAGCGCUCGCCGCCCUGCGCCAAAUGUCCACCUCCGGGCCCCUGGUCAACACCAUCACGCCGCUGUGGCACCUCGCCGACCUCGUCGGGCACAACCCCUGGCGGCGGCACGAGGUCGCGCGCGAAGGGCGGAUGAAGACAUGGUGGACGAACACUCUGCGAGCGGCGAAGCGUCGGUUCCGCGAGGGCACGCUGCCGGGAGACACGUGGGCGGCGCGGUACUGCGAGCAGCUGCGCGACGAGGGGGCCUCCCUGGAGCAGGGCGCCGAGGAUGAGGAGUUUGCGGCGUGUAUGCUGGGCUUUCUGUGCAUGGUGGGCGUGGUGACUGUCGCUGGGCCAAUGCAGUACUUUGUCAUGGCCAUGGCCAUGCACGGGAAGUGGCUGGCCAGGGUACAGGAGGAGGUUGAUCGUGUUUGCGGUGCCAGGAUGCCGGACAUGGGCGACUAUGCGAAGCUGCCGACAGUGCGGGCCUGCGUCAAGGAGACGCUGCGGUGGAGGCCGACUGUUCCUCUUGGCGUGCCUCACGAGUGCGAGACGCCGACCGAGUAUCGCGGCGUGCACAUCCAGCAGGGCGACAUCGUCCUCGCCCUCGAGUGGGCCCUCAACCGCGAACCCUCAGUAUUCCCAGACGCCGAGUCAUACCGCUCGGAGCGCUGGCUCGAGCCCGGCUGGCCGACGUACGCGGAGCCCCUGACGCAAUACCCGAGCCUGCGCGAGGGCAAGGCCAUGCACACGUUUGGCUGGGGUCGGCGGGCGUGUCUCGGCACCGCGCUGGUCGACCGCGAGAUGUUUGUCUUUGCAGCGGCCGUGUGCUGGGCGUUUGACCUGGCGCCCCGGACGUGUCCGCUCACGGGCGAGGAGGUGCCCGUAAAUACGCGGGCGACCGACUCCAACGUCAUACUGGAGCCGACGCCGUUCGCCGUGGACGUUCGGCCGCGGAGCGAGGAGAGGGCGGUGCAGGUCAUGGAGGCGUAUGCACGUGGCAUCGAGGCUCCAGGGUGGUUCCGGGUUGCAGAAGCGAUCCUUUCAGGCGGCGCGUCGGACGCUCCAGCGCCCCGACAGAGGGGCUCCAGUGCACCAAGGGCAGCGGACGAGACGGCCAGCGCGGCCACACUCCCGGUCCCGCCGCCCUCGGGCGUCCCUCCCCACCACGGCCAGCGCCUCCCCUCGGCGCAAGCCAUCCCCGCCAUCGGCUCCCGCGCGUCAACCUUCAUCUACAAGACCCUCCGCCACUUCCAGCGACGUCGCUUCUUCUACUCUGUCUUCCUCGCGCCCGCAUUCCCGCCGGGGCUUUUUUUCCCUACCUACCUACGUGCCUAA